GCUACCUUAUCUCAAUUCAACCCUUGUGUACUCUAAUUUUCCACAUAAAUCUAGCACCAAAGUAAUCAACCUCAAUCAUUUAUAACCUAAAGUUUUCAUUCAUUCAUUCAUUCCUUCUGCCUUUUCCAUCCCAUUUUUCUUCAAUGGCUCAACAAAAACAACCAUCAAUUAAACUCAUUUCAGAAUGUUUUGUCAAACCAAAACAUGAAGUUGAAGCUUCUAAACAACCUUACCAUUUAUCACCUCCUGAAAUAGGCAUGAUGUCCAUUGACCCUAUUCAAAAAGGUCUUCUUUUUGCCAUUAAUAACAAUACACCUUCUAAUGAUGCUAAUGAUCGAGUCAAUGUUAUUUCUAGUCUUUUAGACAAGCUUAAACACUCUCUUUCUAUCGCCCUCGUUCACUUCUAUCCGUUAGCCGGUCGAUUCGUUACCGAGAAAUACCCAGAAGAGCACGCUUGUAUAAUCUACAUUGAUUGUAACAAGGGUCCUGGUGCAAGGCUAAUUCAUGUUACUGCCCUAGAAGUUACGAUUUCGGAUAUCGUGUCAUCCACCGAUGUUCCGCCCAUUGUUCGAUCAUUUUUCGAGCUCGGUGAUAUAAUGGUUAACCAUGAUGGUCAUACGAGGGCUUUGUUAUCGAUCCAGGUAACGGAACUCCUAGACGGGGUGUUCAUAGGUUUUACUAUGAACCAUAGUGUGGUAGAUGGUACUUCUUUUUUACAUUUUAUUAGCCUGUUAUCUGAAAUUUUUGGGUCCCAGGAAUAUAUUGGUCAAAAAAAUACUUUGAAAAUUUCACGUCCGCCAAUUUUUAAUUUAAAGCCUUGGGUAAGUCAUGAUCCCGAAAAUAUGGUUCCUGAGGUGAUUAAAUUGCCCCAUUUAGAGCCCAAGGAAUUCGUAGUCUAUGCGGAUCAAGGUCCGUUAAGGGAGCGAAUUUUUCACUUCUCACCUACGUCGUUGGCUAAUCUGAAAGCCAAGGCUAACCAAGAAUGUGAAACCAAUAAUGUUAUAUCGUCGUUUCAAGCCUUAAGUGCACUUGUGUGGAGAUCCAUCACUCGAGCUCGAAACCUACCUUUGGAUCAACCAACCACUUGUUCCGUGUUAAUUGGUGCUAGGAGUAGGUUUGAGCCACCUUUAUCUGAUGAGUAUUUUGGAAAUUACAUAAGCGGAACUCAAUGGAUAUGCAUUGUAGAGGAGUUAUUGGGCCAUAAUUUGGGCUGGGUUGCAAUGAAUUUGCGAAAGGAAAUUAUGGCCCAAGAUGAAAAAACUAUACUUGGUAUGUAUCAGUUUUUUACUAAAUCCCCAGUAGUGUUUACGCCUGGUGAUGGUGGAAAAGAAUUUCAUGGACCAAACAAAGUGGUCAUAGGAGGAUCAGCGAGGUUCGAUAUGUAUGGGCCUGAAUUUGGGCUGGGCCGUGCUUUGGCUGUUCGCAUGGGCUAUGCGAAUAAGGUUGAUGGGAAGGUGACUGCAAACCCGGGGCGUGAGGGGAAAGGGAGUGUGGAUUUGGAGAUUUGCUUGAGACCUCAAUUUAUGUCUGCCCUUGAAGCUGAUAUGGAUUUCAUGAGCUACGUGUCGUGAACUUCGUACACUAAAAAGCUAGAACGACCUAACGAAAAAUUAUUGCAAUGUGGAUGUCGACUAGCUUGUUAGAAUUUUUAAGGUAAUAUCGAGAUUAAAUUUUUACAUUGAAUAUAUCAAGUAAAAUACAUGUUGGUUUGAAUUACUUUUCAUCGUCAUGUCAUGUGUGAUGUCAUGGGCUCAUGCCUCAUGGGAUGCAAGUAUGUAACAAUAAAGAUUGAAUUUUGUCCUGGUGAUGUAUGUUUGUUUUUCGAUUUAAAAAAAAUGAUAUGACUCACAUGCGCACAAACGCAAUUCAAGA